UCAUUUCCAAAGUUGGUGUCGUGCUUGAUAUGUUCCGCUGGAGAUGAAAUAUUCUCGAGAACGAUCAGCAGGAUAAUUUCGAUUAAUUUAUUUUGUCGUGAGCUGAAACGUUGGUGUCGUAAUUUCACAUGGAGGACUAUGAAAGUUUUCUCUCGGGAUUUUUAAUUCGGAGUUAUUACUUUGACGUUGGUGUCGUUCUAUCACAUUCAGAAUGUGACUCAAAUUAUGGAAUAUUAUCAAUGGCUAUACAUGUGUAGCGAUCGACAGGUUCUCGAUGUCGACGUCCUGUUAUGAUGGAGAGAACGAGAUUGACGGCGGAUUGUCUUGGGAUGCGGGAAAGAUACCGUUUCGGAUGAUGUACUAAUCAUACACAUUGGUGAAAGGAGACGUAACCAUUGGCAACCGAAGUGAGUUUCCAUCAUGAGAAAGAGAAAGGUAUCAACCACCUCCAAGUUUGUGCGGUCCAAAAUGUGGCAGCUAAGAUAAGAUUAACAUCAUGGCACAGAAGAGCUUUGACGCUGUUGGAUUCGGUAAGGAUCUGCUCGCCGGCGGAGUAUCGGCGGCGGUUUCCAAGACUGCAGUAGCACCUAUCGAGAGGGUCAAGCUGCUGUUACAGGUUCAAGCUGUCUCCAAGCAGAUUGCCGCCGACAAACAAUACAAGGGCAUCGUCGACUGUUUCACACGCGUCGCGAAAGAGCAAGGGACGCUGUCGCUCUGGCGAGGCAACCUCGCCAACGUCAUCCGAUACUUCCCGACUCAGGCUCUCAAUUUCGCUUUCAAGGACAAAUACAAGCAGAUCUUCCUCAGCGGAGUCAACAAGAACGAGAACUUCUUGCGGUACUUCGCUGGGAACCUGGCGUCGGGAGGAGCCGCUGGAGCGACGUCGCUCUGUUUCGUCUACCCGCUCGACUUCGCGCGUACGCGUCUGGCGGCCGACGUCGGUAGUAAGGCCGGAGGUGGCAGGGAGUUCAACGGCCUCGGUGACUGUCUCAAGAAGAUUGUGAAGGCGGACGGUUUCGGUGGCCUCUACCGAGGUUUCGGUGUGUCUGUCCAGGGGAUCAUCAUCUACCGUGCCGCAUACUUCGGCACCUAUGACACCGUCAAGGGAAUGAUUCCCAAGGAGUACCAGAACUUCUUCCUUUCCUGGAUGAUCGCCCAGGUUGUCACCACGAUGGCUGGCGUCACCUCAUAUCCCUUCGAUACCGUUCGAAGACGCAUGAUGAUGCAGAGCGGCCGCAAGGAUGUCCUCUACAAGAACACCAUUGAUUGCUGGAAGAAGAUCGCCAGCCAGGAGGGCCCCAAGGCUUUCUUCAAGGGAGCCUUCUCCAACGUCCUCCGCGGGACCGGCGGCGCCCUCGUCCUUGUCCUCUACGACGAGAUCAAGAAGCGCAUCUAAGAAGAAAACGAACGAUUACGAACAUUCCUACUCACUUCUCUUCUGUUUAUUUAUUUGUCACUGUCAUGCAACGGUUGGCCCUUGAUAGGAAAUUAAGAUAUUCAUCAUCUUAAACCAAAAUCUUUUUUUUUCUUUUUUCUUUUUUCUACAAAUCAAUUUUAGUAGUGGGAAUAGUGCCGCUAAAUCAUGAUUUUUAUUUUCCACCAUCCAGCUUGAGCACUGUUCUUUGUUAUACCAUCCUUUUGUUUUGAAGUGCGAGUAUUAUUGUGUAACCAAAUGAAAUAAAUAUGUAAAUAUGCAG